ACGGUUCCUUUUGCCUCCUCCACCUUAAACAAAGCAGAAACAUUUGGUUGCACGCGCAGUGCAAACAUUGAAUGAUUACUUUCCGUAACUGGUUGCGAGUAAACACAGUUUCAACCAUACACUGCUUUGUGCGUUUUACGGGAUAUACUACAAGCACAAUGUCUGACGUGAAAUUAUUGGUCGACAAUAAAAUUGAAGAAAAGAAGGUGAUGGUUUUCUCGAAGUCAACAUGCCCGUACUGCACGAAAGCGAAGGCAGUGCUCAAGAAAUACAUCGGAGAUGGAGAAAUCUUGUCGGCGGAAGAAUACGAGGUUAUGGAGAUCGAAAGAGAUUCACGGUGCUCUGCAAUACAGGAUUAUCUUUUGAAAAUUACAGGAGGAAGAUCGGUGCCAAGAGUUUUCAUCAAUGGCAAAUUUCUGGGUGGUGGGGAUGAAACUGUUGCCGCAGACAAGAGUGGAGAGCUGAAGUCCCUCCUAAAGGCCUGAUAGACUGCUAACAGCCACACUGAACAUGUCCACUAGAUGUCCACUUCUUUAUUCAUUUUCAGGUUAUUUCACAGAUAAGGAAAAUCAAUGAAAACACAGUAUUCAAAGACUUUGCAUAUUAGUGGAUGAAAUAAAUGAAUUAAAUCAACACAAUACGGCAUUACUGAAAUCACAGAAGAAUUCAAGGAAAAGAAUUUGUCAAAUCCAAUUCUGAAUUAUCAAUGAAGGUCUUUCAUGUUGUGAAUUGUUUAAUAGGUCUCCUGUUUAUUGUGUUAAACUGCAUUAUUAUUGGAUUAACUAGUUAGAAACACAACAGGAAGCAAUUUGGUCCCUUUGUAACUACAUAAACAUAUAUUUUGUGUUUGAUUGUGUGUGUAUACUUCAUUUUACUUUAUAUUAUGAGCUCACCUGACUGAAUGUCAAGUGAGCUAAUGUCAUGGCAUAUUUGUCCAGCAUCCGGCAGAAACAUCAUCUGAAAAAAACACUGAAUUAUUGAAGCUGAAACUUUGCAUGCUUGUUCGCACCAAUGAUGACAACCAAUUUGUUCAAGAGGUUCCAAUCCAAAUACAACAUCUCAUACAAUCAUGAGCGUUCAUGAUGUUAUCGUGGUCAGUGUUCUGGCAUUGAAGGUAGUGUCAUUUGUUGAGGAUUGACCUUCAGAACCAAUAUAGUACAUGGGCGGAUACAGAGGGGGGGGUUGCGGGGGUGCGCACCACCACCCCCCACCCCCACCCCCACCCCUUUUAUUUCGAAAAAAAUCUUUAUUUCUGUAUAAAUUACCACCAAAGACAAUAAAUAGAUCUUAAUUGUGCACCCCCCCUUUUCAAAAAAGCUGUAUCCGCCCAUGUAGUAACAGCACUUGUAUUACAUCACAGCCAUACUUGUCAACACCUAAUUAUGCAUAAUGUUUCUGCCUGGUAUUGCACUUCACAUAAACUUCCUGGAUGUGCUUUGCAUAUUAUUCACAAUAGUAUAUCAUACGCUAGAAAAGACAUAUAGUUUACUAAUGGAGUCCCUGUUAGAUACUGUUUUCAUUACAAUGAGAGUAUAUCAAACUUAUGAGGAAAAGCUCAUAAUAUAAAGGAUAUGUAACGGGGACGAGAAUUAUUUAGUUAUUACUCAUUCUUUGCACAUUAUCUAAAUUCAACGUUGUAAAAAGACGUAUUUGGCAUGAGAGUGAGGUAUGAAGCGGAAAAUCUAGCUUCAAACUCAGUUCAGUGUAGGGGAACCGGCAAAACGAUCAUGUCAUGUUGGCUGUGUGAUUUCAUUCAAGUCGGCAGAACGUUUAUCUCUAAUGAAAUUGGUUGUAAUUACCGUCAAGCUACACCAUUUGUUCAAUUUAGGAGCACAAGAGUCACGACACGAGUUUGCAUUUGUUGACAUGAGGUCGACAUUUCUAACAACUGGCCACUUUGUCCAAGAAGCGCUACUCACAUUUACAACAUGAAGUUCAAGAUCAUAAGUAAUCGCAGUGAUGAAUGUUGAGAUGAUAUUUCGACAUAAUGUGUUGUUUAUUAGUGAUGUCCUGAACAUUAAUAUUACCAUCAUGCUUGCACUACAGCAAAGUGAGUGUCCGUAUACUCUAUUGACACACGUUUGCGGUUUCUAUAGGCUACUGGAAAAACUCGUGGACUUGACCAUCUUCCCAAGGCAAGGGUAGUUAACUGACUGUACAACUCCAGUUUUCACCCUUACCGAACGAGGCUGUUAUUUCUGGGCUCGAUUGAAGCGCCAUGCUAUUAUGAGUUAUGUCCCUCCUAUUGACCAAUCAGAUACUACCUCUCAUAUCAUUUGCAUUUGCCUCAAACAAACUGGCGGCACCUAUUCAACACGAUCUGAUUGAUAAUCAAAAUCUAUAUUGUGAUAAAACGGCACGGCAUCAAAUCAUGUGAGCCUCUUUAUUCAAAACACGAGGAAAAGAUUUGGUGAAAAUAAAAGUCCUACUGAUGCGCCCAAUCAAAUAACCAGUUGAUGUAAAACAGUCUCUGAUGUUGCUAAACAUUGUUUAAUAAAGGUGUAUUGUUAAUAAACGUGAUAUCUUCACGGGUGAGUAAUAAAGUAUUUAUCAACGUUGUCUAUGUUCACAAAUUAAAUCCUUUAUUUCCAUUCAUCACAAUUACAAGAAAUACAUUUGUGUAUUAAGUCUCAUCAAAAGUAUCCUCAGUGAAACGCUGGGGUAUCUAAAUGGCUGGUCAGAUGUUUGACAUCCUCAUCUGUAUCGACACAAUAUUCCUUAGUUUCACAGAAUAAACAAAGCAAUACAUGAAUCCUUGAAAUACAAAGUAAAAACAUUUAUAAUAACCACAUAAUUAUAUAUGCGUAGUACACAUCCUACGAUAA